GUCAACCGGUGUAGCAAGGAAAACCACGAAUAACUCCCAAAUCAUGGCCGCGCAGUUUCAGCUCACCGCACGGCGCGUCAGUACACCGCCCGGCAUCACACCGGCGAAACUUGGCGAGUCACCCACGUGGGACGACGCACACGGCGUGCUGUGGUGGAUUGACAUUGUCGGUCAAGCCCUCUACGUCGGCCAAACCUCGGCCGGUAGCCUGUCCGAGUUUGACCGCGUGGCGAUGCUGCCGUUGACGGGACACCGCGUCGGUUUCGUCAUACAUGCCGGCACCUCGUCAGAGAAGAAGGGUGAGAACGGCACGAAGAACUCUUUUCACGCGAUCUGGGGCUCGCAGUCGGGGCUGUACUACACACCCUACUCCUCCGACCUGCCGUGGUGCUCGCUCGGCGACCCGUCAAAUCCUCCGCUGCCAAACUCCGCAGCAAGCGCACCGAAGCACCGCCUUGCCGAAUUCCCAAUGGAGGUCUUCCCCCUGCAAGACGGCCGCAUCUACCGCUUCAACGACGGCAAAGUCGCACCGGACGGUUCUCUCUGGGCCGGUGGCAUGAUGGAGCGCUCCGCACAGCACCCGAAGCGCGACGUGGGCUGUGGCGUGCUAAUGCAGUGGACCCCGCAGGCGGAGAAAACGUUCACCGUCGGCGUGUCGGACGUGACGGUGUCGAAUGGGAUGGGCUGGUCCCCCGCGGGUGAUGUCCUCUACCAUGUAGAUACCCCCACCGCGGUGAUUCGCGCCUACCCCUACCACAAGGCAGCGCCGGACGCACCGACGGGCAGCCCCGGUCACAUUGUGCAGAGCGAGGGCUACGUUUUCUGGACGCUGCCGGCCGACAGGAAGUCGCGCGGUGCCACGCUGGACGGCCUUUGUGUCGACAACGCCGGCGCUGUCUGGGUGGCACUCGCCGGGAUUGGGGAGGUGGUCCGCCUGCAGGCCAUCAAGCAGAACGACGUGUCGCUUCCAUCUCCGGUGACCAUCGCAGGCGUGGUGACGGUGCCCGGUGUGACACUGUGCACAAGCUGCUGCUUCGGUGGGCCAGACUUGACGACGCUGUACAUUACGACCGCGCGUGGCACAGACGCGGCGGCGGUCGCGAGAUGCACGCAGGAGGGGGCGGGGUUUGUCUAUGCGGUGAAUCUCAAGGGCGUGGCGAAGGGCCUACCGGCCUCGCGCUUGCAUGCGCCCUCUUCCAUGUACGCGCCCCACCUGUAA